UCUGCUGGGAAAAUGCAAGCAUUCCGAUCAGGUUUGCCGUUGUCAACGAUGCAAGUGCUCGUUUCACGGACGAACCCCGGGCACAAGCGCCGUGUGAGUGGCGCGGACACCUCGGUGAGGCGCUACCACCACCGUCUCCUCGCGUAAUUCGCCACAAACUACGCUUGACAGCUCCCGAGGAAUACAAAGUGCCCGGCGGAGCCCGGACGCGGUGCUUUAUGUGUUGCCGAAGAGUGGCUGGAGAGGAAGCCAGAGCCAUGGGUUUCUCCUUCAGCCUUCGAUGAACUGAGCUAAGGUGGAUCCACGCAACUCAGCCAAACAGUCCCUGCCUGCCGUGGGGACUUCCUUCUCCCCAUCACACACUCGAGCAAUGGCAGGCUUCAAGCGGGGUUAUGAUGGCAAGAUUGCAGGCCUGUACGACCUGGACAAAACACUGGGCCGUGGCCAUUUUGCUGUGGUGAAGCUGGCACGCCACGUCUUCACUGGGGAGAAAGUGGCAGUGAAAGUGAUUGACAAGACCAAGCUGGACACUGUGGCCACAGGUCACCUCUUUCAGGAAGUCCGCUGCAUGAAGCUGGUCCAACAUCCCAACAUUGUGCGCCUGUAUGAGGUGAUAGACACCCAGACCAAACUGUACCUCAUCUUGGAGCUAGGUGAUGGUGGUGAUAUGUUUGACUACAUCAUGAAGCACGAAGAGGGUCUGAACGAAGAGCUUGCCAAAAAAUAUUUCGCACAGAUUGUCCAUGCUAUCUCCUAUUGCCAUCGGUUGCAUGUGGUGCACAGGGACCUGAAGCCAGAAAAUGUGGUGUUCUUCGAAAAACAAGGGCUGGUUAAACUCACCGACUUUGGAUUCAGUAACAAGUUUCAGCCAGGGAAGAAGCUGACAACGAGCUGUGGAUCUCUGGCAUACUCUGCACCUGAAAUACUUCUGGGGGAUGAGUAUGAUGCUCCAGCCGUAGAUAUCUGGAGUCUGGGCGUGAUCCUGUUCAUGUUGGUGUGCGGCCAGCCUCCCUUCCAGGAAGCCAACGACAGCGAGACCCUCACCAUGAUCAUGGACUGUAAAUACACUGUACCGGCUCAUGUCUCCAGCGCCUGCGAAGACCUUAUAGACCGCAUGCUUCAAAGAGACCCCAAGCGACGAGCGUCUCUGGACGAAAUCGAGACGCACACCUGGCUGCAGGGGGUGGACCCGUCCCCGGCCACCAAGUACAACACUCCGCUGGUCUCCCACAAGAACCUGUCCGAGGAGGAACACAACAGCAUCAUCCAGCGCAUGGUGCUGGGAGACAUCGCAGACCGAGAAGCCAUAGUCGAAGCCCUGGAGACCAACAAAUACAACCACAUCACAGCCACAUACUACCUGCUCGCAGAGAGGAUCCUGAGGGAGAAGCAAGAGAAGGAGGUCCAGACCCGCUCGUCCAGCCCCAGCAACAUCAAGGCACAAUUCAGGCAGUCCUGGCCCACCAGAAUGGACAUGCAUCAGGACAUAGAGGACAGCUUAGCAGCGUCCUCCAUCUCCCACGCUGGAGGCCCACAGACUCCAGCUCGCAGCACGGAGAACCUGCUCAACGGACAUCGCUCCAAAGGCCUGAUGGAGCUGGGCCGACGAGAGGAAUCGGUGACUGACUCGGCGGCUCAGGGAGCCUGUGCUGCCGCCGCCUCUGCUUUUUGCUCUGGUUCAGGGAUCAUCAGGGCUCCAGCUCCCUCCACCUCAGCAGCAGCCAAGCAGCGAACAUGCCUGUUCAGGUUGGAGGAGGAUGAGGAGGAGGAGGACGACCCGUCUCCUCUGCCCACCCAGGUGAUCCUGCGCCGUAAGCCGCCCUCCGUCACCAACCGCCUCACCUCCAGGAAAAGUGCCCCUGUGCUCAACCAGAUCUUCGAGGAGGAAGGGGAGUCUGACGACGACUUCGACAUGGACGAGGGUCUGCCCCCCAAGCUCAGCCGCCUCAAGAUGAACAUAGCUGCCGCCACCAGCCUGAGCUCCGGGGCCGGCUCAUCCCCGGGCUCCACGCAGAAGCGGUACCAGCGACGCAAGAGCCAGGGCAGGGGGUCGUCGUGUUCCAGCUCCGAAACGAGCGACGAUGACUCCGAGAGCCACCGGAGACGUUUGGAUAAAGACUCCGGUUUUAGUUACGGCUGGAACAGAAGGGACAGCAGUGAGGGGCCCCCGGGCAGCUCGGGAGGGAACGGGGGAGGCAGCAGCUCAGGGCAGGGGAAGCCUCCCGGAGAGGGAGGAGGCACCUCUGGUCCAGACCGGGGUAGUCCUCCUGAAGGAGGUGGGAAUGGAGGUGGGGGAGAUUGCGGUGGGGGAGGCGGAGGGGGCAGUAAAGGACAAGACAGCCCCUCCAGCUGUUGUAACAACAGUAGCACUACUAACCCCGCCCUCAGCUCUCUGUCCCGCUCAGCCCGCACUGCGAGCCGUGGCACUGAGCUGGUGGAGAGUCUGAAGCUGAUGAGUCUGUGUCUCAGCUCGCAGCUGCAGCACCACCGCGUGGGGCGAGGGAGUCGAGGUGGCGGGAAGUUGAUCAUAGACCCGUGCAGCCUCUCGGGAGGGAGCGUGAAAAUCCAGGAGAAAUCAGCCUGGAGGAUGUGCAUCGGCUCCACGGGAAGCCUGGACACCAUCACCCUGCCCACCACCGCCACCCUGCCCCGCACCCACUCCACCCACCACCACCACCACCAUCACCAUCAUCACCACCACCGCAAAACAGCUCCGCACGACGCCCUGAGCCUGAGGGCGGGGCCCACUGUCAGGGACGCUCGCAGCAACCUGAGCGCUUUGAAAAACGGCAUGCUUCAACUACCUCUGUGCGAGAAGACCAUCUCCGUUAACAUCCAGCGCGGCGGAGGCUCCGGGGACGGCCUGCUCUGCACCGCAGCUCCGGCCAGCUGCUGCCAGGUCGUCUGAGGCUCCGCCCCCCCCUCCCCCGCCGCCUCUCACACAGACCUCUUCAUCUUCUUCACCUCAUGAACUGAACACACGAUUCCACCGUCUAACGGUCCCGUCUUGUGUGUCGCUGUAGCAGAUAGCUGACCUCACAUCCUCGUCCUCCUGCUGCUGCGUCGCUCCACUUCUGUCGCGUUGAAUUAUUUUGUUGUUGUUUUUUCCUCUGAAUUGUGUCGUUUCAGAGCUUCAUGUCAGAAGCUGCUUUUAACAUUUUACUACUGUUUUCUAGAGAUGUUCCCUUACCUUUUUUUUUUUUUUACUUCUUUGCAGCACUGAUUCCGAUGCCUAAACCGUUCACAUCCACUGAUACCCGUGCAUUUUUAAAAAUACCUUUAAAGCUAUUAACCAUGUAUGGAAGUGAUGGUUGCUCUCGUUGUUGUAUGACCAGCCUCCGUUUUAAACCCUUUGAAAAACAAAAGCCAUAGAACUUCUUUCAUUAUCCAGUAAAAACUCGUAAAAAACACAAAUGAAUACGGCAACCCUUGCAAAUUCCAUCCCCUGUUUUUUAAACAUUUCAAUAUAUUUGAAUUUUUAUUGAAUGUUAAAUAAAAUGAAGCCUAUUUUUAUUAUGUACCAUGUAUACACAGGCUUGUAUUUGACCAGUUUUCACCGUCAUCCAUCGUGUGGUCACUACAACGUCUGCCCACUAGAGGGCAGACGUUGUUUGACAUCAUGCAGCAGCAGUACUUCUCGAAAGUGCUCUAUUUCGUUUACAUCGAUAUUAACUUGUUUUAAUAUUCAGAUUAUCUCUAAAUUAUGUAAUCCAGUCCGGCAGCCAUAUACAGUACAUAUUACUGUUUCACUUGAGUCUUUUUCCGACAUGAAUAACUGCCAAAUAAUUGGCUUUUUGUCACGGAUAUCACUUCUUCUACAUGUCAGAGGCAGAACAAUGCUACGUCUGUGUUUGAACAGCGUAGAGGAACUGAUUUUCUGUUAUUUUGGUUACAUUUUCAUACUUUAAAGACGUGGUAUUGGAUCAACGUAUAGAUUUGCCUACCCGCCGAUACACGACCUAACAUUUUCAUCAGUAUCGGAGGCUUUUCAGAUACUCGUCUUGGUAUCGGAACAUCUCUACUGCUUCUUCCUCCAGCUGCAGAUUAGUGGAACUGGUUUUAGAUCAUGUUACGAUGUGGAAAGGCUUUGAUUUGAUGGUGACUAAAUACAGACAAAGAACACAGUGGUUAACGUUCUGUAUCAGAUGUUACACAUCGCUAUUACCCUUAAAAAAAAAUAUAUAUAUAUACAUCGGGUGUUGUGAUGUAUGAUAUGAAACAGUAUUUUUUACAAAAAAUAUUUGUAAUAUUUCAAGAUCAAGUCUUAAUUGUUGAAUUAAACCAUGAUAUUGUAAUUAAUAUAUUUAAAAAAAAAUAUAUUUUGAAAUGUCAUGACCGUGGGGAAAACGUUUGUCUUGAAGAUGACAUUUCUCCCUAGAAAUUUAAAUUUAUUCUCAUAAUUCUCUCCACGCAUGGUCAGUCCGUUCAUUGUGACUGUAGUAGAUUAAGAGAGCAGACCGCAACACAGGGCUGCAACUAUAAGUGGGCGGAGCUACAAGCAGGAGGCGGAACUACAAGUUGUCUAAACACACCCACUCACCAUAACCCUUAUCCUCACCCUUUCAUAACCACUCGGCUUUCCCCAACCCUUAUCCCAACCUUAUCCUGCGUUCCAUAUGUAGUCGGAAUUUCCUGUGUAAGGAAACUUGGAGCAACCUCACGCACCCCAGAUUAGGAUUCCGGAAAGUGAAUAGAACGACAUUAAAUCAGUCGCAAAAGUACUGUUUCACUUUUAACUGUUUUCUUUUUUUGUGCGCAAAGUCCGACAGAGCGUUGUUAUCGAUGUGUAUUUUGCUAACGAAGGCUAGCCCGAGAUACGUUUGAAUUUCCAGCUUUUCGACUGGAUCGUGGUGAACUCAGGGAUGAUGUCACUUCCAAUUCCGACUUCCAAGUUCCGAUGUAAUUGGAACGCAGUGUUAAUUGCUAAAUUUAGCCACUCCCCUUCCUCUAUCUACUCCCCUUUCUCAGCACCUGCUAUAGUUAGGAAUCGCCUAGGGGUGUGGGAAAAUCAAUUUAUUUUCCCACACCCCUAACACCUACCCUGUUCCUACCCACUGACUCAACGUUUUAGUCUCUUAUCAUGUGGUUCUGUGAUUUGGACCUCUCGAAGUCCCGCCCCCUUUUCUUGCCAUUCUCAGAUGAAGUCCCACCCCCUUAAUUUUUUUUGGCCUCCUCUGAUUGGUUAGAUGGUGGAGACAGAGGUUACAGUGUCUCCAUGUUAACAUGUGGUUCUGUUUGUGUAUUUCAGUGAGGACAGUUGGGCACUUUUAACACUCCAUACACCCCCCUUCCUUCACCUCUGAACUUUUAGUCUGUAAAGAUCGUUUGUUUUUCACACAGAAAAAAGCAAAACCCUGGAAAAUGUCCAUGCUCAACUUUCUGGACAUUUUCCAGGGUUUUGCUUUUUACUUAUAAAGAAUGCAAAAUCAGGGGGGCGGUGUCUGCUAGAGACGAGACACGCGCUCGCUUCUCGACUCUGUCCACAGAUUUCAGCAGAAUUCCAGGAACAUGUUUGGACUUCAGUGCAGGUCUGAAAGCAGCCUGAGGGAUGAAAGCGCUCACAACAGCUAGUUUAAGGGAAGAGGAAAGGUCUUGACCUCUGACCCCACAUUGCACUCAGACAAUCUGUUUGUUUUUGUGUUUUUUUAAUAUUUAAAAUGUUUUAUUCCGACUGUUUUAUCCUCGUUCAUUCGCGUCAGUGUUGGUAACAGCCCCUUUAAAUAUGGACGUGUCUCUGAGCGGAGUGUGUCCGCUCCCGAUGCUGUAGCAACAACACUCACAUCCGCCAUGUUUGGAAAAUGUUACUGCUGUCUUUUGUAUUGAAAAUAUACAAGCUUUUUUUAUUAUUAUUAUUAUUUUUUUAUUCAUGCUGUAGUCGCUGAAUAUUGUUGUUUUUUUAGUGUCAGUUUGUUUGUUGUGAUUCGGCUCCGCCUGCACUCGCGCAUCACCCAAAGCUUCACUGCACACGUCGCUGCAGUGUGAUGACACGUUGUAGAUACACUAAAGGUUUAUUUUUAAACUUUAUUUUUCUUUGGCUGUUGUUUGUGUAGAAGUGAGCGCGUGUGUGUGUGUGUGUGUGAGCAGGAGGAGGAGCUGAUGACGAGCAGCUCGGAAUGAGCUGAAAAUGAACAAAUGGAAAAUAAGAUAAAAAGGAAAAUGGGGGAGAUUCCUCAAGGGCAUUGGCAAUAAGCUAUACUGUGUGUUGCAGCUAUCUGUACAGACAACAGUUUUCUUUUAUUAUCUUUGUUUUUAAUUCAAACUUGUGCAGCUUCAUCAUGACUACAUUGGACUGUAAAGGAGAAAAGAAAAAAAAGAAGAGAAAGCUGUGUUUGUAUUUGUUUUCUCUUUGGUUCUUGUCUGUUUUUGUCUCCUUUGUCUGUUUUAUUUUGAAAACCAAAUGUACAUAGAGUUGUAAAUAUGGUGCUCUUUCUCUCUAGAAUAGCCGAGUGAAACCUUUUAGCUGUACAGCCAUCUAGCCUUCUGAUAAUUAGUACUACUGUGUGGGCGCCUCGGCUCAGAGCGGAGUGGUCACCACGUGGCCGCGUUCGCGGCGUCACGUCAGGUAACCCCCCCCCCCCACCCCACCCCCCCGACUGUCGUCUUACUCAGCUGUAACCAGGUGAACGACGUGCAUGUGUUUCAAUGUUUGACAUUCAGUGACACUGAGGGAAGAGAGCGUUACGUUACUGGACCAAAAAGCAACAGAAGAAGAAGAAGAAGUGACAGGAAUAUUCAGUGUAUUACUCUGUAGUUGACCUGUUGUCAGAUGUUACAUAUAGCUAUGGUAAUAUCCAAAAAUAAAAGUGGAGUACUGUCGCAUA